AUGAUUUUAUCCAUCCACCGAUUCCGUCCCCACCUCCUCUCCACCAACUUCACCUCCUUUAUAAGUUCAGUCUCAACAUCAGGUCAAGCUCAAAAGCCAUCGGUCACUUAUAACACCCUCGUAACUCAAGGACGUCUCGUAUUCGAUGCCCAUCAAGCCGCAAUUGUCCGUCGAGUUCUCGAUAAAUUAUAUACUCAACUCAACAACUACAGGUUACCCGUUUUCCAGUCCCCCCUAUUCGACAAACAAGCUGGAAAACAACAACAACAACAGGAAGAGGAGGUGAAAUUGAAGUCGGUGGUGAAAGUCCCUCGAGGGUUAUACGUCCACGGAGGCGUUGGAACUGGAAAAUCGCUGCUGUUGGAUCUAUUUUUUCAUUCUGCCAAGGUCGAGUACAAGCGACGAGUACAUUUCAAUGACUUUAUGCUGGAUCUACAUACUCGACUGGCUCGAGAGAAGACAAAAGAGCUGCUGAGACAGGAUGGGAGACAGAAUCACGUUCGUGUCAAGAAACGUCGAGAUGUUGUGGUCCAAGUGGCUCAUGAAAUGGCAGAUGAGAGUCAUUUGCUCUGUUUUGAUGAAUUCCAAGUCACGGAUGUCGCCGAUGCACUCAUUAUGAGGAAAGUCUUUGGCGUGCUCUUUGCACGGGGAGUUGUUAUGGUUGCCACGUCCAACACGCCGCCACAGGAUCUCUACAAAGAUGGCACGAAUCGCGAGUACUUUUUGCCGUUCUUGGAUCAACUGGCAAGGCAUACGAAAGUGCUGUCAAUGAACUCGGACGUGGACUACCGGCUUCUCUGCGAGCCUUUGGAUCGCGACAGAACGUUUUUGACGCCACUGUCCACCGAGACACGACACAGGAUGGAUCAACUGUACCAAGAGCUAUUAGCAUGUGGUGCUGAAGACUCGAAUGACAAUGCCCGGGACGAACUGCUACAUGUGCCAGUGAUGAUGGGGCGCACGCUGGACAUUCGAGGCAGUUUGAAGCGUGGUGUGUGUCGUGCAUCCUUCAGUUACUUGUGCGGAACGGAAAAGGGUGCAGCAGAUUACAAGGCCAUGGCGGAAUGCUUCCACACUGUAAUGCUGGACGAUGUACCGGUGUUGAGCAUGGCCCAGCACGACCAAGCGCGGCGAUUUAUCGUGCUCGUUGACGAAUUGUACGAGCACCAAUCGCGGCUCGUGCUAUCAUCUGAAGCUGCUGAACCUCGUGAGAUCUUCUCGUUUGACGAAUCACGCGUCCAAGUAGCAUCCGAAAGCGAAAAUAGCCGCUUAAAUGCCAUUGCAAAGGACAAGCAGGAUCGGAUCACGGAGAAGGCAUCUACAAGUGUCCCAACCAGUUCGUGCGAUGCCCCUGGAGGUGCUACUUCUGGUUUGUUCGGGGCAACGAACCUCGUUGCACUCAAAGACCUCAAGACUGCCUUCAAACGCGCCGUAUCGCGAUUACAUGAAAUGCAAAGCACGCGAUACGUGGAAGAAAACCAGCACAAGCGUCACGAACGAGCCAAGCCGAGCGACGCCAGCCAAUCGAUUGAUGAAUCCUGA